AUUUUCUUUCGUGUAGCGCUAGUGAGUCAGUCGCGAUCGUCGCAGCGCAAAAUUUGUGGUAAAUAAACAGUGUUUGAAAUUGUUUUGUUGAUCCAAUUGUGCUUAUUAGCUGAAAAGCUGUAUUUUCCUUGUAUUACAGUGUGAAAAAUUAUUUCUUGCGCAUAACUGCAGUUGAAGCCAGGGACGUAAAAGUGAACUCGCGAUCGAUUGCGAAAUAUCAACGGAGCGUGAAAAAUGUUUGCAUAUAAGAGUUCGUCUUCGACGGACGAAAAACAUCACCCAAUUGCAUCCAGAGCUACUAGUGAAGGUGCCGAAUCACAAUUCUCCUCCGGGAGUAGUAACACUGAAGAAGAUGAGGGUGGAGAGUACUGUGAAAAUUCUCCAUGGGUAUUUAUUCCGGAACCAGUUUUUGCGAAAAUAUUUCUCGCGUUGGAGCCGAGGGACAUCCUGAACGCAGGACAAUCUUGUAAGCGCUGGAACAAACUAUCACGAGAUGACUACAUAUGGCGGAAAUACUUCCGGAGAGAAUUCAACGUUGAAAUGAACAUUGGAUUGAAGCCAGGAGCGGAAUCCUGGCGAUCUGAGUACAAGCGACUGACCGAUAAUGUGCCAAUGGUGAUGACCGAUGUACUGACGAAUCAUUCGCAUCAGGUGUUGCAUGUCAGCUUCUCGCAUAAUGGCAAAAUGUUUGCUACCUGUUCCAAAGACGGAUUCGUCAUUGUUUGGAAUUCGGCUUAUCCAUCGACAAUUCGCGACUCAUUCGAUAUGCGCAAAUUAAGCUGGAAAUAUACUCAAUUUUCGCAGUUCAACCAAAGUGACACACUGCUACUUGUAUCCGGUGUUCAUUUUGGUUCCCCCCACAGUACUUCCGGAGAAAUUGCCGUAUUCACCGUACAAAACGGAUUUCGGUUAAAGUGCCGCGUGACGAACCGCCCAUAUGACAUCUUUGGAACUUGGUUUAGCGAUCAACAUUUGUUAUCGGGUGAUUUGAAUUGGUUGGCCCAUUUGGUUAGUACGUCUAUUCUAUGGUUGAAUAAGGCAAAUCAGGAAGUUGAUUCGGAACAUACGCCCAUUCGAAAUCAAAUGUACAAGUUCUACAAUCGAAAUGCAAGUUCCAUUAGAGCAAUCACGGUAGCAAACUGUCCAUGGUUGAAUGAUGAAACUUGUAACAACAAGGAAGAAGAUGCCGCUGAAGGAACCAGUGGUUCCGGUAAAAGCAGCAACGAAGAUGACGAGGAUGACAGAAGAAUUGGAAAUCCUUUAUCACACUACCAAAUGAAUCAGGAUCAGGCGAUGGAAGAUCUAUAUCGUGCUGGAAGAGUGUUCCUUCCAGACAUCGAUAUUGACUUUCCGUACAUCCCACUUGAGAAUCACGAUUACGCCAGCCCCAUCCACUAUUUGGACGAAUAUCGCCGGGAGUAUGAAGAUAGCUACUACGAAUCAUCUGACGACUGCUUGGACGACGAUGACGAUCAGGAGGAGGACGACAUGUCAGAAGUGGAUGACCUCGACAAUCUCUGCCCAAAGUAUUUAAUAUUUUCGACUGGUUCUAAAACAUACACCCCCCACCAGAUAGGCUUCAAACGAAUAGGUAGCGUCAAUUUCCCACGUCGACUGGACCCGGGACCUUCAUUGAAGGAGCGUAUUGCCUUGCGAGAAAGGCAGCGCGAGCUGGAGGUAAUUAUGCGCGAGAUGUCAUAUGAAGAAAUCCGCCUCCAAUAUAUCUUACAGAACGAAACCCCUCCGGUGGAACCAAAUUGGGCAAACUAUGAUUCGGUGGCUGAUCGUUUCGAUAGGGUUGACAAGCUUAUCGACCUGCACGGACAUAUCAUCGGGAUGGGUUUAAGCCCAGAUCAUCGGUAUCUGUACGUGAACAGUCGACCAUGGCCGAAGAAUUAUGUGAUACGAAACCCGCUUGAGCCUCCGCCGAUCGCACAGGAAAUCGAUAUUCACGUGAUCGAUCUGAUGACGCUGAAAAAAGUCGGCACAAUGCUGAGAGCACACAAAGCAUACACACCGAAUACGGAGUGUUUUUUCAUCUUUCUGGAUGUCUGUGAUAAUUAUGUAGCCAGUGGCGCCGAAGAUAUGCACGCAUACCUGUGGGAUCGCUACUAUGGCGUUUGCUUGGCUAAGUAUCAGCACGGUGAUGUUGUAAACAGCGUAGCUUUCAACCCGCGGGAUAACGAAAUGCUGGUAACUACGAGUGAUGAUUAUGAAAUCAAGAUCUGGAGAUCGUUAGCCCAGGCGAAAAAGCUCGGCAUUCAACCGGUAGGCAAAGCGGUAGAAUUCAGAAAGGUUAAAUCUAAAUCUACUGCCUCAUAGAGUGAAAACUCUUCGUCACACUAUACAUACAAUGUUGGUUCAAAUUCUAGUCGAUCUAGCAGCAGUCAAUUAAACAUGGUUCAAGUAACGAGCGAAAUAGUGUAGCAACAGUUAUUAUGCCACAGAGAAGGACGAGAGAAUCCAGCUAGUAG